ACGAUCAUCACCACCCUGCAGGACUCCAGCCAGAACCAAGUGGGCGUCGCCAAGACGGAGCUCCAAGCGACGGAGAAAAUGGUGGAGAAGAAUAUGGGAAAGGAGCUCAACGUCCUGCGGACCUACAUGGACAAGGAGUACCCGGAGAAGGUGUCAGAGUAUCAGAGCGGCCUCCAGCAGAUGGCAAGGAACAAUCAGGAGCUGCGGCGACAGAUCGAGAUGCAAAAGAAGAUAAUUGACGACCUGGGGAAAGAGAUCGAAGUGUUGCGGAAGCACACCGCGGCACUUCGCGAGUACGUCCGGCACCCGCGUGACCUGAUCUUCGAGGACGUCCUGCUCCAGAGGCCCAUAUGCACCCCUGAUAUGGAAAUUGUUCUCAACAUCCCCACAGAGGAGGAUCUUCCCCUGUAGUUGUCAAUAAGGGGGCCGGAUGAACUCUCCUCAGUCGCACAACUACAGCCUCGUAGACCACAGAUGCCUUGUUACCUGGUGGAGCUGAACACAGGAACUGCUGCACAGCCCAAAUAUUCCAGGUUGGAGCCUUUAAACCUUCCAUCCAGGAACUGUUGGUCCCCA